UAGUUUUUUAAUGUGUUUGAAAGUUGUUUCAAAAUGAAUGUUGUGAACUUGUGAACUUUUUCUGUCUGAUCAACACAAGCACGUGCUGGACCAAAUGCACAACAGUUAUGUAAAAAUGGCAAACGUACAAUGUUUCCACAUGAAGAAUAUUGCGAUUAUUAUUAUGAAUGCAUUAAUGGUGAAGCUAUUGUACAGACAUGUCCAAAUGGUUUAGCAUUUGCUGGCCAUCAAAAAGGAUUGAAUAGUAAUUGCGAUUAUCCACAUCGUGUUGGCUGUCCAGAUGGUUCACGUGUUAUGGGUCAACAACCAAUAUCUAGUGAAAACUGUCAUUGGCAGUAUGGUGUAUUUCCACAUGCAACAUCAUGUACAAGAUAUUGGCAUUGUUGGAAUGGUACGGCAACCAUACAACAAUGUCCAUUCUCAUUACUUUAUAAUGAUGCUGUACAUGCUUGUGAUUGGCCAGAUAAUGUACCCGAUUGUCAAAAACAUCCAAUUUGUAAGGAUACACCAAAUGGUGCCGUACCAAUUGAAAAAAGCUGUGUACGUUAUUGGCUAUGUGUUGGUGGCUAUCCACGUUUACAACGUUGUCCAGCUGGUUUAGCAUUGAAUACCAAUACAUUUAAAUGUGAAUUAGCACAAACAGUACCAGGAUGUGAACCACCACCAACAACACCACAACCAGAUGAUGAUGAUGAAUUAAAAUCUGGUGGCAAUGAAAAUGGUGGACAAAAUUCACGUCCACCACAAUCAAACGGUGCAUUACCACAACAAUUUCGUCCAUCACAAUCGGGUGUACGAUUAGUUGGCCGUUAAAUGACGGAAAAAAAACAUCCAUAUUCAAACAAUC